UGCUCUUGAGUGCUUCGCUGUUGUGGGUCUCGUGCUAACAUCGCCCCAUAGUUCCCGGGGUCAUUCCAUCUAGGGCACAUUAAGUGUAGCAGAGCUUUCUAUCUUUGAGUCAUUCCCUCAAGUAUUCCUCUCUGCGCAUCUACUCCCUUUCUUUGCUCCCUCAGGUCCUGCAGCAAAUAGAAAUGAACGACUCCUUAGAAGAGAUGCUUAUCCAUUCCUACGAAUUCGAGAAGCUAGUGAACUUUCGACCCUUGCUGUGUGAAUAUUGGACAACAUCCUUUCUCUUCGUCCUUAUCUAUCUAAUGUUCACUUUCAUGGGGCAGAGAUAUAUGAAGGACCGAAAAGGCUUCAAUCUACGAUUGCCCUUGACCAUUUGGUCAUUCACCCUUGCCAUUUUCAGCAUCCUGGGAGCUGUGAGGACAUGGAAAUAUCUAGGAGCUAUAUUGAUGUGGGGGGGGCUGAAGAGUUCCUUGUGCCACCAUGGCUUCAUCACUAACCCCACUGCAUGCUUCUGGGCCUCGCUUUUUGUACUCAGCAAAAUUGUGGAGUUCGGGGACACCGCAUUCAUCAUACUUCGGAAGCAGCAGCUCCUAUUCUUGCAUUGGUUCCACCAUAGCACGGUGCUAUUGUACACAUGUUUUGCCUACAAGAAUGGUGGGGCAGGUGCUUACUGUUUCAUGACCAUGAACUAUGGCAUACAUGCUGUCAUGUAUUCUUACUAUACAGUGAAGGCCCUGGGUCUGAAACCCCCCCAAAUUCUGCCUAUGAUCAUCACCACUCUGCAGAUCUCACAGAUGUUUGUUGGGGCUUCUGUUAGCAUCCUGAGCUUCCUCUGGCGCAAGGAUUGUGCCUGCCACAACUCUAAGCAAUUCCUCUUCUGGACUUUUGCAAUGUACUUAGCCUACUUUGCCCUUUUCCUGAACUUCUUUUACUGGGCCUACUUCAGAACUGUUCAAGCCAAGGCUAAGGUCAAGGCUAAGAGCCAGUGAAGUCAGAGAUUUAAAGAGUAAGAGAGCCAACUACCCCUCUCCUUUGGAAGGGGACCUUUCAGUGAGGGAAAAGUCCUGAGGGAGGGAAUGAAGAACAGGGUCAGGCUCUGGGGAUAAUUGUGUGAUCCCCUGCUAGUCAAAUGUGUUCCUGUGGAGGGAAGGGAAAUUUUACCAAGAUGUGCUCCCUCCCAUGCAUACACACAGAAAAAAGCCCCAUAAUUUGAUAUUUAUGUUUUUAAUGUGAAGGCCAAAGAGAAUGUUCGCUUUUCAGGCCCUUGGGUAAGAUGGAGGCUAGGGCUGGUCCUAUCAUAGAGAAGUAGCCCUGGCCUUCUGAGGUUAUUUAUAUUUCUAUUGAGAAAUCUUAAUUCUUCUUGCUAUAUUUUAAAAAAUUAAACAUCUAAAAAAUGUGCCUUCUCUCCCCUACUAGAAGUGCUCCUUGGAGUGGGAUCUGCUUUGCCCAUAUGGAAAAUUUAGCAUGAGAGUUUGGCAUCAACAGUUGGGAGUAAGAGAGAUAUGUGGAGGUCAGCCUAGAUGUGGAAAUACCCACACACAUUUGUAUGAACAAUAAUAUAUAUAGAAACACAGACAAAUCUACAGACACUGAUGGCCCUUAGCACCAACGAUGACUGUGGACAACUCAGAGGCAGUAACUGAGAUGGAACCUAUCAGAGAAAACACUGGCCAUAAGAACAGGGAGCCCACAUGUACAUACAUAGAGGCAAACAUAAACACUGCUAGGGACAUACACACACAGACAACAGAUAUAGAUAACAGUCACUUAAGAAAUGUUCUUUAUAGACUCAUAGAAUAUUAGGAGUAGAAGGUAAAAUGAGAGAGUGGUACUAGAUGAGGAAAUAAGUCCAGAGAAGGGAGUGACCCUUGGAAAAAGUGAUUCAUCAAAUUAGUGACCAGUCCAGGACUGGGGCCCUAGAACUUCUGCUUUCUGGUCCUUCAGCCUCUUUCCACUGCACCAUACUCCCUCGGUUUAUGAUGAGGUGACAUACAUACUCCCAGAGUCACACAAAUGCACACACCCUCUAUCUUCUUAUUUCCACCAUCCCCUUGUCUCUGAUCCCCUCUGAUCUCUGAAGUGAUCAGGCCAGAUCUGGUGGCAGUUCCCCUUGCGGCCACGAGGUGGAGCCGCGUCCGCAUUGAUUGUGGCAGACGGAGUAGGCUGGUCCUCGCAUGUCUUCAACCUCUGCUCUAGCGCUCCCUGGCCUUGGUCUUUUCUCCCACUA